GGGGGGACGACCGGGGACGGAAGUGGGGGCGUCGCGGGUGGCCCCGGCUUGCGCCCGCGGCGGCUGGUGAACUUGUUGCUGUAGCUCCCGCCCGCGAGCGACGCUCUCCCCCUUCCCUCCUCUUCCCCCCUUGGUCUCGUCCCGUGCGGGCCAUAGCGACGGCGGGCGCGCUGAGGGAAGAUGGCGGCUCCGGCCUCUGCAGCGCUGCCGGCUCCGUGAGCGCGGUGCUCGUUCCUUUCCUGCUUCCCCUCCUCGCUCCUGCACCCCGUCCCUCCCGGCUGCCCUCCGCCUCUUCUCCUUUCCCGCCGGGGGUGUAGGGACCAUGUCCGACUCGGAGGAGGAGGAGAGUCCGGACCGCCAGCUCAAGCUAGUGGUGCUGGGGGACGGCACCACUGGCAAGACAUCCUUAGCUACACGUUUCGCCCAAGAAACAUUUGGAAAACAGUACAAACAAACCAUAGGACUGGACUUCUUCUUGAAAAGGAUAAUAUUGCCAGGAAAUUUGAACGUUACUCUUCAAGUGUGGGAUGUAGGGGGGCAAACGAUAGGAGGCAAAAUGCUGGAUAAAUAUAUUUAUGGAGCUCAGGGUGUUCUCUUGGUUUAUGAUAUUACCAACGGCCAGAGUUUUGAAAAUUUAGAAGAUUGGUAUAAUGUGGUAAAAAAAGUGAAUGAAGAAUCAGAAAUACAGCCACUUGUGGCCUUGGUUGGAAAUAAAACUGGAGUUCUGCAAAUCCUAAGAAGAUUACUCAUGAAACAUUGGAAAGUUGACUUGGAGCAUAUGCGCACAGUGAAAGUUGACAAGCACCAGCGAUUUUGCCAGGAAAACAAUUUCAGUAGCCAUUUCGUGUCGGCCAAGACAGGAGAUUCUGUCUUCCUGUGUUUUCAGAGAAUUGCUGCUGACAUACUUGGCAUCAAAUUAAACAAAGCAGAAUUGGAACAAUCACAGCAUGUUGUCAGGGCAGAACUAGUGAAAUAUCCUGAAGAAGAUAACCAGCGUCACAGCGCUUCCAACUGCCAGAGCAAAGUCUGCUCAAUGCAGUAGUUCAGAGGGUGGUGAAGGCAGAUAUUGUCAACUACAGUCAGGAGCCCGUGACAAGAACCGUUAAUCCUCCUAGAAGCUCAAUGUGUGCCGUUCAAUGACCAUGCUAUUCUUCUUUGUUUUGAUACCUUUGGCGCUCCUCCUACCUUGACACAAGCUCUGGGAUUACCAGGAACUUCGUUUUAACAGUGACCAUCCCAACAAUGCAAUUAAAGGUUUCAAAAACUUGUUGCACCAUUGUACGUUGAGAAGCAGCAGGCAGUUUUUUGACUGGCCGAAAUUCAAACAUGAGACCACACACUUUGAAAAAUUAAGAUCUAUAUUCUUUUAAAUUAUAUUUAAAUAAAGCAGUAUAACAGUGUUUAUAUGUUUCCUCCUAUCUAUGUGACUGAUACCAAAAUAAAAAUGGAUGAAGAAGUCGUGCAUUCAAAAUACUUUUAAAGACAUCACCAUGGAAGGGUAUUUUGCCAAAGCAUUUUUAAAUUUUUUUUCUUUUUUUUUCUCCUGUGAUCUGAACUAACUCAGUCAGCAAAAUGUAACUUGGAAAAGCUAUUGCUGGAAUACUUUCAAGCACGUAAUAUAUUUUAUCUAGGGGUAAUUUGAAAAGUAUUCCAUUAAUAUAUAUACAUAGUGCAAAAUGUAUAAAUUGUAUCCAGUAAGAAACAGUGCUUGAAAUAAAGCUGUAAUAUAAAAACA